UGUUGUAUGUGUAAAUGGACUAAACGUAGGUCGGCUUUAUGGUUCAAACAACACACUUAUGGCAACAAAACGAUAGUUGAAAUCUAACUUGUACAGAGUUGCUAAGGUGGUGUGAAAGAAAAUAUAAUUUUAAAUCAUAUAUUUAUAAUAUCUGGAUAUACAUGCUCACCAAAAAACUAAGAUGGAGAUCAACGGGUGAUCUAAGGUCAUACUACAUAACUACACGUCAUGGAAUCUAUACAAAGCUCUAAUAUACGUGGCAACAACUCCUCACAGAGAUCAUAUGGAACAUGGGUGCAAGGGUUUGAAGAAUUUGAUUUGGACAGAAGAGGAAUCUUCCACCUGAAAGAUCUUGAGUGUUGAAAUUGGAGAAGUUCUUUUAAAAUUGUAGUUUAUCCUGCAAAACGAAGUAUUAUCGGUUUUCAGGUGGAUUUCAGAAGUGGCCUUUAACAAUAUCCGAUUAAAGCGCUUGACACCCAUGGUUCCCUUGUUAAAGUUCCUAAUAAAUGUUGGAUUUUACAUGUAUAUAAACUUCAUGUGUCAAUCUCAAAUGGAGAAAAUUCACUUCCAGUAAUAAUACAGACGAUCUAUUGUGCAUUGGAAUAAUAUAUGAAUGAUAUUGUGUCAGUGUGUUCAAAUCCCACAUUUGGUAUAAACAUAAUGUAAUAAUAUAUUCCAUAUAAAAUACUGGUGAUUAUUAAGUUAUAUUUGUACUGAUUGAUGGGUUGUGAUGAAUAAUGACAUCCCGAGGGCAAUCUCUAUCGAUUACAUUUUGAUACAUGACCAAUAACAAUAUUAAACACACCGGGCUUUAUUAUUUUCAGUUUACCUGUCGUGUGUGAUGUGACAUUUGGGGAUAUUGGCGAUUAAUUGGGCGGUUCAUCUCUCACUUGAAAGGCGUUGUUACAUUCGAUGGUGUGUUUGUGUUAGUUGAUGAAGAAUGGUCCGUAGAAUUAGAUCCCAGUAUAUAGCGACUAUACAAAUAUAUUUUAAUCACAUUUACGACUCUAAUGUGUCAGGGUUUUAGAUCAUUUAAUUAAUAAAUGGGAACAGAUCGAAUAGGAUAUUAUCAUUUAGUUGCCCAAUGCAAAAUCGAUUGGAUAAAUCUCUGUCCAUUUGUUAAUGUGUUGACGGAUUGAGCUACAUCAGUCAUCUGUGAUUUUGUUUUCAUAUCUGGAAUAUAUGUUAUAUAGUUAUUAGAACAAACUUUCGAUUUGUGCAUAAAAAAAAUGUUUAUGGAAGUAAAUAAGAACUGAGCUAUGCACGUAUUUUAAUCAUAUUUAUAGCUUUGUGAAGAUUGAUUAAUAAUUAUUCAGAUAUACUUCCAUAACAUUUAAGAUUAACCAGAAGAACUACAAUCAUUGUGAAAUAGAUUUCUGUCGAUAUAAUAAUUUUUAAUCACUAUUCAAAUAAGAGUGAAAAGAAGUUUGUUUUACCGAUGAUAAGAGACACGCGAAUUGUUCACUGAUAUCAAGACGAGUGACAAGCUGCAACACGCGUAGAGUAGUUAUAUGUUGAGGGUGUAAUGAAGUUAAUCUGACAGGUUAAUCCUACAGACUAAGUGGCAAACAGUAGGAGACAAGAAGAUUUGACGUCAAUACUUUCUGAAACUAUAUUUAAACCCCAAUCAAUGAAUGAGGUUUUAAAAACAUAAAUGGAGCCAAAUCCCAAGCCACCAGUGUAUUAGAUAUAUAGUGUACUGCACGUAAAAUCAGCUUCUCGAAAGGAAACAAAUAAUAGCUGUUUAUCUCACCGUUUUCAAAAAUUAUGUACACCAUUGAAGCUGUUACUUUAAGGACGGACCUAGUUUUAAUUUAUAAUUGUUGAUAUUGUGUGUUAAAAUUUUAAUCGUAAGUAUAUCAUUAUAUACAAAACAAUUGCAAUCAUGGACAGCCUAAACCCCGACAACAAUGUACCAAGGCAGGCGACGUUUGAGACGGAACCCGCAGAUACUGUCCGAGGGAGGAAUAUUAAACGUGGCGAUAUUAAUAUCCCAUACAUUGAUGAUAAGUCCGUUAUAAAUAGUACCCAGGAGAUUCCCAAAGACACAGAGGCCCUCAAGAAAGAACUCCGAAAAGAGCAACUGAAAGCACUGAAAGAAAAGCAAUUAAAGGGUAAAGAUUUUCAAACCAAGAAAGACAAAGAGCUGAAGGACUUAAAAGACAAACAAGAUAGAGAACUCAGAGAGGAAAAAGAGAAACUCCUAAAGAUUAACAAUGAGAGAGAAGUGAUUGCCAAGAAGGAAAGAGAAUUAAAAGCCCUAAAGGACAAAGAGCAGAAAGCACAAAAGGAAAGGGAAUUGAAAUCCAAGAAAGAAAAAGAACUAAAGGAACAAAAAGAAAGGGAGAUGAAAGCUAACAAGGAAAAAGAACUGAAAGCCUUAAAAGAAAGGGAAAUCAAAGCCCAAAAGGAAAAAGAACUUAAAACUCAAAAGGAAAAGGAACUCAAAGUCCAAAAGGAAAAGGAGCGUAACGCUCAAAAGGAAAAGGAACUUAAAGCUCAAAAGGAAAAGGAACUUAAAGCUCAAAAGGAAAAAGAGCUCAAGGCCCAAAAGGAAAAAGAAGAAAAAGACAAAAAAGAUAAAGAGCUCAAAAUGCAAAAGGACAAGGAAUUAAAAGCCAAAAAGGAAAGAGAACUGAAAUCUCAACAUGAGAGGGAAGCCAAAGCCCAAAAGGAGAGAGAAAUAAAUGCUCAACUGAACCACGAUAUCAAACUUCAGAAGGAAAGAGACCUUAAAGCGCUUCGAGAAAAAGAAUCGAAAUUAUUAAAAGCUAAGCAGUUGAGCUCAAACGAUCACGUUAAACGGGCUCAAAAUGUGGAAGAGCGCAAGCGGCUGAUGGCUGAACAGGAGUGGAAAGAAGCAGAGCAAGAGAAGCAAAGUGCAGACAAUGAUGAAAAUAAACCUGGAUUCUUCAAAAGAUUAGGGAGAUCUCUUUCCCCAAGUAAAAAAGACAAAAGUUACCCCAAUAAAGAUCCAUCAGUUCCUGAUAUACUUGUUGUUGAUGAUGACAGAUUCGCUGAAGUUCGAGUUCCAACACCAGCUAAAUCAAUACACGAAGACAAUUCAAAAGAAAAACAACACUUCAAGGCUGCUCCACCACUCCGUGUGGAUGACGACACCCCGCGGUUUGGUAACGAAACAUCUCGAGAUUCGCUGAUAUUAUCGCAUGAAAACGAAUCACCUGCACCGGAAAAGCCUUCGGAAAUGGUUCCCAGAACUGGUGCCUGGACUACGGAAGAAGAAGAUUCGUCAAAUUUGAAUCAGAAGUCGAAGAUUUUACGCAAAGUAAACACGAAUUCACCAACAAGGUUAAGUCAACCGGAUGAUGAUGUACAGGAGUCUGUUAGAUCAAGAAAAGCCAAAUAUCUAAGAUCUAGUCCAGUAAAAUCUAACCAAAAUUCUAACAGCGAGAGCUCUAGUCUACCCAAAAAAUCUGUCGCAGAUUCGACGUAUGUACAGGAUGACACGCUAUCACUUUCUAGCAAUAGGUCUGAGACUCAAGAACAGUAUCAACAAGUUUUAUUGGAAAGGGACAGCCUUCUCGAUGCUGAAAUUACCUAUAUGAAAAGAAUCCGACAGUUGGAAGAUGAAACAGCUCAGUUGACUGGAGUUAUUGAAGAACUGGAAAUAGAAAAGAGGGAGCUGAUGUGGAACAUAGAAAAUCCAUCUUCUGUGAAUGAAAUAGCACUCCUGACAAAAAAACUGCAAGAUCAGAUUGAAAGUCUGGAGAAAGAAAUUGAAGAUUUGAAGAAAGAAAGUAAGAAAUAUAAAAUUCUUCACCAUGAUUCAGAAAGAAAGAUCACAGAAAUUGAGCAGGAAAAUGAUAUUCUAAAAGACAAGAUGAUUUUGUAUGAGCAAGAUAAACUUCCGCAGAUCGAGCAAUUACAGUUAGAAAACAAAAAGUUAGAGGCUUCAAUGAAACUACUGAAAAUAAAGUCCAAAGAAACCGAUGAACAUUUUGAUAUCCUGAAAAAUGAAAACAAGGAACUGUCAGACGAACUACGAACAAGACGAAAUGAAGUCCAAGAGCUUCUAGAAAAUCUGAAAAAUCAGAAAACAACAGAGCUGGAACUCCAGAAAGCUAAUAAUCGAUUAGAGGAACGUCUUAAAAAAUUCGAAUCCCAAGAACAGGAAUUGGCCAACUAUGUUGCCCAAGCUGCCAUUACAGAGGCUGAAAAAGAGCAAAUGCAGUCGUUGGUGAAGGACAAAGAGAAAGAAUUAAAAGAAGUGCAAGAUCUCGUUGAUAAGAAGGAAAAUGAAAUUGAGAAUCAAAAGUUAGCAGUGGAACUUCAGAAAGAAGAAAUUGACACUUUGAAGGAUGACAUAGAAAAACAAAAGAAAGAAAGCGAAAAGAUUGUAAGUCUGGAAAAAGAAAUAGCAAGUCUUAAAAACACACUGAAACUUUUACAAAAUGAACUUGACGAAUCACAUAAGGAAAACAAAGCCCUAAAAAUGGAUAUCGAAGGGGGUAAAAAGAAGAUUGUCAGAAUACAGGAACACGUCCAAGAAGCAGCGGAAACUAAUGAAAAACUACGGAAAACAGAGGGAACACUAGAAGCGGAAAAGAAAGCUAAAUUGAAUCUGGAAGAAAAGCUUACACUAAGCAAAGACGAAGUUUCAAAACUUCAACAACAAAAUAUGGAACUUAGUAUUAAAGUUGGAAACAUGAACGAGAGAUUGAAGUUCUUAGAACAGGUUAACCAAGACAACUUCAACACUGCCAGGGAGACAAAGAGAGAGGUGGACGUUGAUGAAAAACUUGCUUCGGAAAAUAGACGAUUACGGUUUCGAUUGGUGGAGCACAACUUCACUGAAAUUGAGGACAAAAACGCAAAGAAAGCUUUGAGUUCUCGCUUGGAAAAUCUUGAACAGAAACAGGUAGAUAAUGAAGUAAAAGUUAAACAGCUUCAAGGUUGGGUUGAUGAUAUAUAUUCCGAGUCCCCAUCUAGAACUUCUCCGGCGGCACUGACAGCGUCAUAUCCGCCAACUCAGGCUGCGCCCCGUGUAGCUGCGGCUGUGCAAAGUGAUAAAACUCAUAAUAGAACUAGCAAAUCCAAAAAAACCAAAGAUAUAUCGCCGAGACCCCCAAAAGGGAAGAAACCAAAUGCGGGAGUGACUGUUAGUUUAGAUACAAAAGAUACAAGUCGUAGCUCGACGCCGACUUUACCCAUAAUACAAGAUAUACCGGAACAAGCAUCUGUUUAUAACAGCUAUUUCUAUAUUUAUAAACAAAAACAAAAACUAAUGCGCCAACAACAAAAAAUACGGUGACACUCGUCAAGUGUUUACUAAAACUGAAAAUAUGCUGCAAAUAUGACGUGAAACUUUUGACAUUUGCGGAUAAUAGUUAUGUACCGCUUCUAUUGGAAAUACUAUUGUUGGCAUGAUUUCAUUACACAAUUGUAUAAUAGGCAUGUAUGCGAAAUUUAUUUAGUGGUUUUCAAGAAGUGAAACGCAAUCUCAUGAUAAAAACGCCAACCGAUGAAAUACUACAAUUGUGGAAAAUGGUUUCGUUCUUAACCCUGAUAAUAUUCAAUGUAAGGAGUGCUCGGGUUUUGGAAAUAAGCGUGGACAUUCGGCUUCAGAUAAAAGCACCAACCCAUGACCUCCCUUUUUUAUAUUUACAACUCAAGAAAAGGGAUUUCGUUCGUAGCCAUGACAAUUUUUAAUGUAAGGAGUGCUCGGAUUUUGGAAAUAAGCGUGGAUAUUCGCCUUUGGAUAACUCACAUUUUAUGUAAGGGUAUGGUUAUUUGAGCUUGCAAAUAGCCCAUAUGAAUAAUUAAUGAUAAAGUACGACUGGUUUUAAUAGAACAUGGUCGUGUUUUUACCUUUUCUGAAAUUGUGAUACUCUUAUCUGUGAUAUAGACAAUAUUUUAGUGCUUCCCGUCUCAAAAUAUGGUGUACAUAUUUUAUAAAUUUGCCAAAUGUUUAAACAUUACCUCGUUUAUUGAGAUAUAACAUGCCAUUAUUGAUAUACAUGUGUUUUUGAGAAUUAUACAGAUGUCAUUAUAUUUAGUGCUUAAUGUGAACAUUUCAGGACUUUCAGAUCUCCAUUGUGAUGUUUUGAACGACAUUUCGCGAACGCCUAAGGUGUGAAAAGCACGCAACGGGGAACUACCCCAGUCCAUUUGGAAAAAUGGAAGCUGUAUAUAUACUAUUUCGUACUAUUUUGGACCCCCUAAAAUGAGUCUGGUCCCCUCCAUGCUAUGGGGCGCCUGGUUAGGCCUUGAUUAUAAGCUAACGAUUUAAUACAUGCUGACUUAACGGUGCGGCUCGUGUCUUCACACCGGAAGUACUACAGGAAAUGGUGUUUAGUCUAUGAGUUAACAUGAUUUAGACAAUAUAAAUUACGUAUUUGUUGAACUUUAUUACUAGGAAUACGUAUUUGUUAAACUUUAUUAGUAUGAACAUAUAAAAUUGUUACAAAACAAA